AUGCACACUCUGGUCUCACUGGCGCUUUUUGCCGCUUCAGCGGCGGCGGCAAUUCCGUACCAGCAGUACAUCCUUGCGCCAUCCUCAAGGACCGUCCGCCCGGUCUCUAUCUUCCGCCAACAUGGUUCUCUCUCCUCACCAACUGCUCUUCUGGACGCUAAGCACAGUGGAAAUGGCCUCGUACUCGAUGCCUUCAACUCCUCCGUGACCUACGACUUCGGCAAGAACAUCGGCGGAUGGGUCAACCUCGACCUCUCCUCCGCUAGCGGUAGCAUCGGCGUCACGUUCUCGGAGAGCUCAUUGUGGGUCUCUUCUGAAGCUUGUGAUGCUACCGCGGACGCGGGGCUGGACGCGCCGUUGGUGUUCAACAUCACGCAGGCGGGCCAUUACGAGGCUCCGUCGGACAAGGAGCGCGGAGCUUUCCGUUACUUGACGGUGGUGAACCUAGGGACGGACAAAAUCACCCUGAAGGACUUAUGGGUGCACUUUACUGCGAUGCCGCACUGGGAUGAUGAUGCUCUUCGAAACUAUUCGGGAUGGUUCCACUCCAAUGACGAGCAGAUAAACAGGAUUUGGUAUGCAGGCGCAUAUACCAACCAACUCGUGACGAUCGACCCGACGCGGGGCGACUCGCUGCAAUCCCUCGGCAACGUCACUGACACCACGGUCAACUGGGCACUCAAUACGACGAUCACCGGCGGCCUCUCCACCCUCACCGACGGGGCGAAGCGCGACCGACUGGUCUGGAGCGGCGACAUGGCGAUUGCCGUACCCGGUAUCGCUGUCACGACCUUCGACCUCAUCUCCAUCCGCAACGCUCUCGACUCGCUCUUCGCGCUGCAGGCCGCGAACGGUCAGCUCCCAUAUGCGGGUUUCCCCUUUAACGAGCGCGGUUUCGUCUCCUUCACGUACCAUCUCUACGCGCUCAUCGGAGUCGCGAACUUCUACCUCUGGUCCGGCGACGCCGCCUACCGCGCUGCGGAGUGGCCCGCGUGGAAACUCGGUAUGCAAUGGGCAACUCAGCAGAUCGAUAGCACUGGGCUCGCGAACGUCACCGCGCCCAACGACUGGCUGCGCUUCGGCAUGGGCGGGCACAACAUCGAGGCGAACGCCAUCCUCUUCUACACCCUCAACCUUGGUGUUGCGCUCGCGCGUGACGAGGGCGACGCCGCCACGGCCGCCAGCUACAUCCAGCUCGCCAACAAAAUCCAGGAGGUGGCGGUUCCGCUACUGUGGCAGCCGACCGUGGGGCUGUUCCGCGACAACGAGACGACGACGCUCGCGCCGCAGGACGGGAACGCGUGGGCGGUCAAGUCUGGACUCGUCCCCUCUUCCUCUUCCCAGCUCGCCACGAUCUCGCACGCGCUCGAGGCGCGCUGGGGGCCGUACGGCGCCCCGGCGCCCGAGGCUGCUGACGCGGUCUCGCCCUUCAUCAGCGGGUUCGAGCUCGAGGCGCACUUCAUGGCGGGGCGCGCGGACGCGGCGCUCGCGCUCGUGCGAAGGAUGUGGGGCGACUUCAUGCUGGACGACCCGCGCAUGACGAACAGCACGUUCAUCGAGGGGUACUCUGUCACGGGCGCGUUGCACUACGCCCCGUACAAGAACGACGCGCGCAUCUCGUACGCGCACGGGUGGGCGACGGGCCCGACGAGUGCGCUCACGACAUUUGUGGGCGGGAUACAGAUCCUGACCGACGCGGGCGCGACGUGGGCAGUCGUCCCGCAGCCGGGCGACCUCACGCGCGUCGACACGGGCUUCUCGACGCCCAAGGGCAAGUUCUCGUCAAAGUGGACGCGGACGAACCACACGUUCACGCUGACGAUCAGCACGCCGAAGGGCACGAGCGGCAGGGUCGGCAUCCCGCUCCCGGGGACGCACAACUCUUCCCUGCUUACGGGCGCGCCGGGAAAGGCCCCGGCCGUGGUCCAUGGGGAUUCUGCGGGGGUGCACUGGGUCGAGAACGUCAAGGGGGGCGACUACGUGUUCGUCGCGGCCGGAUUGUGAGGUUUGACAGCACUUCGCCGUGCCCCGACUUGCCAGUCGGUAGCUAGUGUAUAUAAAACCAAGCAUUCUCGCGAAUGAGACAUCUCGUUUCGC